AUGGCCGCAGCUUCAGGGUUACUCAAGGGAAAGGUUGGUUCUGGUUCCGCAGGAUACCAGCCAGUUUAUCAAGAUGAAGGCGAUGGACACGAUGAGGGUCACCCGGCACCCCACGUCCAGCCAGUCGCUCCCCGGGGGCCAACGCGAACCUACCGCAAUAUGGUGGUUAUUCUCUCAGGCCUUGUCGUCAUCCUCAUGGCUAUGAACCUCUACCUGAGUCUUCCUUUAGCUUUUAGUUCCGGCUCCGGCUCGUGUCCGGAUGACCCACCCCGAGUGCCCCAGUAUUUCCAAAUAUCGCCGAACCUAUGGCCCGGUGUGACGGAAACUGGCAAGCCGGCUUUCAUGGCCCAGACUCGCGUCUUCGAGCCUACGGCUACUUUUGUCCCCAAUGAUCCGCUGCAGACCUCCAUCCCGAUCGAGGGCAUGAAAGAGGGUAACCGAAGCAUCUUCCAGAUGAUGGGUUACCUAAGUCCCUAUUCUCCCUCUACCGGCUUCGGUGUUGAUGAAUAUCCUAUUCCCCCAGGUGCAGAGAUUGUUCAAGUACAGAUGCUGUCCCGUCAUGGUGCCCGUUACCCAACCCCUGGUGCAAAUGUUGCGACCCUUGGUGAACGUCUUGCGAAUGCUUCAGCAAGUCUCAAGACCACCGGAGCCUUGGAGUUCCUCAACGAUUGGAAGUAUGAGCUCGGCAAGGCUAUCCUAGUGCCGAGGGGCCGUCAGGAGCUUUUCGAGUCCGGUAUCUUGCACAGCUACAUGUAUGGCAGCUUGUACAACCCCCAGAGCAAGCUCAUUGUCAGAACCACCACACAAGACCGUAUGCUCAAGUCUGCUGAGAACUGGAUGGCUGGAUUCUUCGGUCUCGAGUGGGCCAACAAUGCUACCAUUGAAGUCAUAAUUGAAGCCCCUGGCUUCAACAACUCACUCGCCGGCAGUCUCAAUUGCCCUAACGUAAACAAGGCGGAUUACGUGACCCCUGUGGCGGCAUGGUAUGAAAAGUACUUGAAGGAUGCGACGGAUCGGUUCAAUAACGUGACCGAAGGCUUUACUUGGACUGCAGCGGACGUUUGGGCUGCACAGAAUAUGUGUCCUUACGAGACUGUCGCCUAUGGCUUCAGCAGAUUCUGCGACCUCUUCACCUAUGAGGAGUGGGAGCACUUUGGCUACUCGAUCGACCUGGGAUUUUCUUCCGGAGCCGGGUUCCAGAGUCCUAUCGGUAGAGCAACCGGUCUUGGUUACCAGCAAGAGGUUAUUGCACGCCUCAAGAACCACACCCUUGGUUACUCUGGCUCCCAAAUCAACACCACUCUGGAUGGCAUGACAGAGACAUUCCCUCUGAACCAAAGCCUCUACUUUGACUUCUCUCACGACACCAACAUCAUCUCUAUUCUGACAGCUUUCGGUUUCCGCCAGUUCGCCGAAGAUCUCCCCACCGACAAGUACCCCGAUGGCCACGAAUUUGUCGUCUCCAAGAUUACACCUUUCGGUGCCCGUCUUGAUAUCGAAAUCAUCAAGGCACCCCAGCCUGUCUCGCCGGAUAGGGAUGGCUACCAGGAAGGCAAGGAGACCAAGUACAUCCAUUUUGUGCUCAACCAGCGGACUUUGCCCCUGGGCAAGAGUUUCCCAGAGUGCGAUGUCAACCGUAAGGAUGGUUGGUGUGAGCUUGACACGUUCCUUGAGGUUCAGGACAAGAUGGCCGAAAAGGCACAGUUUGAUUACUCUUGUUUUGGUGAUUACUCAGCGCCGCCGUACGGUAAAGUUACGGAUGGAGUGCCACCAUCAUAA